AUGUUGCCAGCUGCAGCUGUACGUGUCCUGAUCCCAGUGUCAGCGUCUGUGAUUUACGUAAUUUAUAGGUAUUUGAGAUCAGGACGGCAAAUAGAGAGCUCUCCAAAUACCAGUAACAAUGACGUCGUUCCACCCCCAAAUUCCGGCAACAGCGACGUCGUUCACUAUCCUGAACUGUCUGAUCGCGAUCGUACCAUCCUUGAAGAGAUUCUGAACAACGACGUCCUCCUCGAUAAGAUUCGGGCAAUCGAGCCCGCCUUCCUUGAUGGGCUUCGGAAAAUCAAGCCCGCCGUCCUCCGUGAGAUGGUGUUCGACUCUGCUGAAUUGGAUCCUGUCAUCGUUGAUACGAUUUGUAAAUUGUCUUUGAAAGGAGGAAAGGAGGAAGGCGAACAAAACGAAAAUGGAAUUGUAAACGAGACGAAGAGCGAAGAGAGGGAUGAGGAAAGAAGCAGAAGCCGUCAUUUCUCAGUGAGGUCUGGAGCUCGAGACUGUUGCUGUUAUCUCGAGACUGGGACUUGUAAGUUUGGGCCCAAUUGCAAGUUUAAUCACCCUUGCAUAACAACGAAAAACAAUCAGAAUUCCUUCAGGUCAGGAGGACGACAUCCAAAUCUCUACACUACCCCAAAUCCCGGUAAUGACAACGUCUUUCCCCCAAAUCCCGGUGACCCUGACCGCGAAAAUGGAAAUGGAAACAAGACACAGAGCGAAGAGAGGGAUAAGGAAAGAAGCAGAAUUCAUCAUUACCCGGUGAGGUUUGAAGCUGGAGACUGUUGGUCUUAUCUAAAGACUGGGACUUGUAAUUUUGGGCCCAGUUGCAAGUUCAAUCACCCUUGUAGAAGGAAAAACAGGAAAAACAAUCAGAAUUACUUCAGAUCAGGAGGAUGUAAACCCGGAAAUGCUUUUUCUUUCAAUCCCAGAAGAGGGGAACCUUCUGUGGCUCCAGUUCAAAAACUUAACUUUAUGGACCUGCCAAUUCGUCCGGGGGAGAAAGAAUGUCCUUACUAUAUGAAAAAUGGCUCCUGCAAGUCUGCAACUAACUGCACGUUUAAUCACCCUGAUCCUACCACUAUAGGAGAAUCUGGUCCCCCAUCCGGAUACAUUGAUGGCGGACCUGCACCAGUACAAGGUGCAUUGUCAUCAACAGCAUGGGAUUCCCUUUGUGUGCCAAUGAUUCCGCCAUCUCAAGGGAUUCCUUCCCAUACAGAAUGGAAUGGUUCUCAGGAUCCAGAAUAUCUACCAGAGAGAAGCAUACCUGCACCUCCACCAUAUGUUAUGAACAAGGCUGUGACUGAAACCAACAUCUAUGAACCAAAUCCACAGCAGAAGCAAGUGGAAGAAUUCCCGGAACGACCUGGGCAGCCUAUUUGCAAUUACUUCUUAAGAAAAGGGGAUUGCAAGCAUAGAUCUAAUUGCAAAUAUCACCAUCCAAAAAACCAGACUGCGGUGUCCCCUUCAUGUGCACUGAGUGACAAGGGCCUGCCUUUGAGACCAGGUGAGAACAUUUGCACACAAUACAGUAGCUAUGGCAUUUGCAAUUCUGGGCCAGCUUGUAAAUUUGACCAUCCGUCAUUAUCAACUUUCCUUCUGUGA